AUGGAGACCUUGGUAAGGGUCCAAGUGGGAAAUUCAAUAACUGACCCGGUUACAGUGAACUCGGGGCUAAGACAAGGCGAUUCGUUGUCGCCGAUUCUGUUCAACGUGGUUUUGGAAAUGGUAAUUAGAGAAAUGAAAAUAGAACCUCAAGAGGAUAUUAGACUACAAGACAUGUCGAUAGGUUUAUGGUUAUGCUGA